AGAUGACACGUCUUUUUUUACGGAAAGUUGUCAACUUGCGUCGUGUUGGAAAAAUUGCAUGUCGCUAUGUUCAGUCAAGUCAGUUCUCGAAAUAAAUAAAUUGAAUAUGGCUGAUAUCGAGGGACAUAAACAUCUUGAAAAGAAUUACCAUGAGGGAGAAGAAGCGUGGUUGCCGCGUGAGGUGUCUGUGUGACCGUAUUGCCGUCUGAUGGUUGUGGAUAUGACUGGAGGCGCGGACAGGAGCCUCACGCCAGGCCAUGGCCAUGAGGUGGUUGGGAAGCUGAAUUUGCGUGUCAAUUACAAAGAUAUACAGAAUUUGACAGAAAAGCCAGUCCCAGAGAAGCCGCAGCGCACAGGACCCCAUGGCGUACAAGUUGUCAACACAGGGCCGGAGCACACGUUCACGCUCGACGAGGAGGCGCUGACAGAGCUGCUGCUGAAGGAGGACAUCAGGGACCGUAGCGUGGUCGUCAUAUCGGUGGCCGGGGCCUUCAGGAAGGGCAAGUCGUUCCUGCUGGACUUCUUCCUGCGGUACAUGCAUCACAAGUAUGGGUGCGGCGGCGGCGGCGACUGGCUUGGAGCCGAGGAGGAGCCCCUGCACGGGUUCAGCUGGAGGGGCGGCUCCGAGCGAGAUACCACCGGCAUACUCAUGUGGUCCGAGGUCUUCAAAGCCACGCUCGACACCGGCGAGAAGGUGGCGAUAAUCCUGCUGGACACGCAGGGCGCGUUCGACAGCGAGUCCACGGUGCGUGACUGCGCCACCGUGUUCGCGCUGUCCACCAUGCUGUCUUCAGUACAGAUAUACAACCUCUCGCAGAACAUACAGGAGGACGAUCUGCAGCACUUACAGCUGUUCACAGAGUACGGGCGGCUGGCGCUGGAGGACAGCGGGCGCACGCCCUUCCAGCGGCUACAGUUCCUGGUGCGGGACUGGAGCUUCCCCUACGAGGCGCCCUACGGGGCCGACGGCGGCCGCACCAUACUACAGCGGCGGCUCAAGGUAUCAGAUAAGCAGCACCCGGAGCUGCAAUCUCUGCGCAAACACAUCACGUCGUGCUUCUCCGAGAUCGCGUGCUUCCUCAUGCCGCACCCCGGCCUGCGCGUCGCCACCAACCCGCAAUUUGAUGGACGACUCGCUGACAUCGAGCCAGAGUUCAAGCGGUCCCUGCAGCAGCUGGUGCCGAUGCUGCUGUCCCCACAGAACCUGGUGCCAAAGCUGAUCAACGGGCAGCGCGUGAAAGCCAAGGACCUCGUCCAGUACUUCAAGUCGUACAUGAACAUUUAUAAGGGGAAUGAAUUACCUGAACCUAAGAGUAUGCUUGUGGCAACAGCAGAAGCGAACAACCUAACAGCAGUAGCGGAAGCUAAGGAAGUGUACACGCUGCUAAUGGAGGAGGUGUGCGGGGGGGCGAAGCCCUACCUGCAGUCGCAGCUGCUGGAGGCGGAGCACGGCCGGGCGCGGGACAAGGCGCUGCAUGCCUUCCACGCCAAGCGGAAGAUGGGCGGAGAUGAAUUUAGCCAGUCCUACUGUGAACAACUCACUACGGACCUAGAAGAACAAUUCAACCAGUUCCGCGCGCACAACGAGAGCAAGAACAUCUUCAAGGCGGCGCGGACGCCCUCCGUGUUCUUUGCCAUCGCCAUGGUGUUCUACGUACUCAGUGGCAUCUUCGGACUAGUGGGGCUCUACCCGCUGGCCAAUCUCUGCAACCUCGCCAUGGGGAUGGCGCUGCUUACGCUGGUCCUGUGGGCUUAUAUCAGGUACAGCGGCGAGAUGCGCGAGCUGGGAGUCACCAUUGACGACACCGCUAACGUGCUCUGGGAUAACGUAAUGAAGCCCAUGUACCAAGCAUGUUUAGAGAAGGGUAUGGAGCACGCAGCGGCGGCGGCGGCGGAGCGCGCCUUAGGGCCUUCCGGCGCACCCAACGGCAAACACAAACUGUUGUGAUGCCCCCGACACCAUACACACACCAGCAGACCACCUACUACAUCAUACCACUCUGGAUACUGGCAAAUUGAGCGAGGGAAUAUGACGGAAUGGCGACCAAGUUUGCCAUUAAGUCAUUGUGAAAACGAAGAAGGAAAAACACAGAAACUAUCUAUAUUCAGUCAUAGCUUUGGACACAGUCGACAAGUUUACACUGACUGUCGAAAUAACAGCAAUAAUAUGACUUGUAAAGGAAUCAUUAGAUGUGGACAAAAUACAGACAAAAGUAUAGUUAAAAGAUGGACUCUAUUUACAGAUCUGUAUGGAGAGGAGAAACAAAUACAAAAUGAUAAGAUAUUUAACGCAGAUAAUAAAGAUCACUGUAUAGACUUUGAAAGAUCUCACAGAUUUUCAAGAACAAUACAUUUUUUGGCUCAAAAGACUGCAUGUCAUUUCACGAUCAAUUUAAAACUCCGUUCCAAAACGCCAUAAAUGUUAAGGACAUCAGCCAACCGAUUAUGCUCAAUGAUAUCUCAGCUCAGAAAGUUUUAAAAGGUUGUGAAAUUCAAGGAGAUAAUAAAUCAACAAAGUAUUUUGAAAAUAUCAUCUUAAGUAUAGGACUUAAAUGCCUGUUCAGUGUUCUAGGCAGUUUUCAAAUAGAAGAUAAUGAAACUGAGCUUAAUAAACAACUUAAGUAAAGUGCAAAUUGCUACAAAUAAUUUUUGAAAUGUCGUCCAAAAGUUCGUGAAUAUAGUUCGAAAGCUGAAAUGUCCUCGAGAGUUGCGCAAGGCGAGCAUAUCAGACGUUUUGAAGAGUGUUAUAAAAUUUGGAGUAUACAGUUAGUUUGUGUGUUUCUGUGUGUGCGGGUGAAACCUCGGCUGGUUGCGGAUAAGCCAGGUGAGUUCAGAGCUAAACACACAUACAUAUUUGAAGCCUUUGCGAAUAUGGCCCAGUCCUUAAUAACAAAUCCCCUUUGAUUAACUAUUGUCACAAAUAGGACACUGCAUACAAAAAUCAUGUUUUUGCCGUGAGCCGCCUUACACCAUGCGUGCGACCGAGACAGACAAUUCGCGCGCGCUCUCUUACUCCUUACCUGCUAACGGCUUAAAUAGACUAAAGUGGCCACUAUUGGUGAGAUAAAACCAAGCCCGUAACGUUGCGGCGGACAUUGUCCCUUCUAUAUGUAGUAUAUUUUUAUUCUAUGAUUAAAUUCCCAUUGUUUAUCUAUUGUGUCUAAAAUCUGGGGGUAAGUGGGUAGUUGUUAUCGUAGAAAGUUUUACGGUCUGCCAAUAUUCUUAAAGCCCUUGUGACUAAUCGAUAGAUAGCAGUGUUGCCAAUUAAGCAAUACAACAGUUUUAGUAUUUCUUUUUACUUGCCACUGAAACUAUGAUAUUUUUACAUUAUGACACAUGUAUGUAUGCGUGUAUAGUUCUAAAUUCAUUAAAGAAAUAUUGUAGAGUAGGAAAGUGAGUGUCUCCCGACUUUAGCAUAAAAGAGGUAUUGAGGUAUAGGAUCGGUGGUGGAUCGCAUCAGGUAUAGAGGUGUUUACAGAGACCGAAGUUUUAAGUAGUUGUAGCAUAGACAAAUUUAUAAGUUGCUUCCUUAGUACAACUUGAGCCAUGAGUAAAACGUUUAAAAUUAAAAAGCGAUUAUUGAUAUGACAAAGUAGAUGUGAAGCGUUUAUUCAACAACGCUUCGAGGAUCCCAAUAUUGGCAUCAGAAAGUAUAUUUGGUAAAGUUCAAGUUAAUGUGUUCAUUUUAUAAUGAAUGUAUGUGAGCGGCCAUGUUGGAUUAAAAAGCAACAGUUUUAACUAGAUAAUUCGAAAUAAACACGACCUUUAUUAAAUCAUAACUAAUAGUCUAACGUAAUUUGUAUAAUAAAGUAGGAUAUUGUUAAUUCACAACAUUUAAACAGUUGCACAAAUACCAAAACAUAUUUUAUGUAAGUGUAAAUUUGGAGAAAUAAAGAAAUAUUUUUCAAAAUCACUUGUUGUGCCGCACUGAGGUUGAGAGGUACUUAAAUCACGAUUUUUCAAUAUAAAAUAGAUUGUCAUCAGAAAAUAGUAUUUGUAAAUAUUUUUCCAAAUGUAGACGAAAACAUAUCUCAUAGAAAAAGUAUCAUAGAAAAAGGAUUUUUCCAAAAAUGUGCCAAUUAAUUUCAACAAAGUUUCGGAAGUUUAUGAAGUUCCAUCGACAUGGGAUCAAAUAAUUAUAUUUGUUGUAGAUUUCAGAGUUUAUUUUGUUGAUGAAAAAUAAAAUGUUUUUUUUCCCUACGAAAAAUAGUUUUCUUAAUAAUAAUACUCCAUUUAAUUUCUUGCCAGAAUUUCCCAGUUGGACAUUGACGAGUUAUAUUUUUGUAUCAUGGUUGUGACACAUUUGUUUUAAUUUUGUUUAAUAUUGACACCAAACAUGUAUAUAGGAAAUGUAAAUAAAAGCCAAAAGUGCCUAAAUUCACUUCUACUAUUGUCGCCUAGAGACAAUCGGAGCUAGAUUUAGUCAGUCCAGUUCCUUCAACAGGUUAAUAACAGUAGAACCAAUCUUGAAAUAUUUGCAUUUUUAAACUAUAUUUUGUAAAACUAGGUACAUAUUGGUACACACUCAUUUUCAUAUAUAUUUUUAAAUGCUAUGAUUAUUUUGUAUUUUUAUAACUUUCACUUUAUGUAGGCUCUACACAGCUCUGUUGUGCCAAAAUAAUAAAUAAAUUGUCAUUGGUUGUAAAACUGUUUGUUUCAAAAACAUUUGGCUUCUCCCUAAGGCUAGUCAAGACAUUGACUGCUUCAUGACAAUAUAUUCUUAUGUAUUACUACAUGUGUUGUCUUAUGAGUGUUAUAAUUAAAAUCGAAGGUUAUGUCAAUUUUCUUCAUUCUAGUGUAAUUGUUAUUAUGGAUACGUCAAAAUCUUUGUUUUAAAAAUCAUAAUGCAUAUGUAUAUUUUUAGGAUAUUUUUUUAGUAUUAGUUUAGUCUAUUGUUUUAAUCUUGUUCACUUCACUAUUAUGUUUUAAAAAUGGCUACAAUUUGCGCCAGCGCACGCGUUACACGCUUAUUGGCCGAUGGUUGACCAAUCAGCGGGGAGAACGGAGCGGAGCGCUGUGAUUGGUCGAAGCUCACGUCACGCUGGCCAUGCUCAAUUCUCACUUAAAUUAGGAUAGUUUUAUUUUACUGUUGAACGUUUUAAAUGUUAUUUAUUCAUUCGGCCGGCGCGAGGCCGCGACCAGGUCUUGGCACAGAUAUUUUUAAACCCUAAAAACUUCAUGUAAAAUAAAAUUAAAAACAUGUGUGCUAAGACAAAGGUCUACUUUGAAUACUGUAGGGUAAACGCAGUGUUUCGCUGACCCGAGUAUUAUUGUUUUUGAUGUUUGUUGUGAGUAGAUUGGUGUGUUUACCCUGUACAUCGGUUUAGGAGUAAGUUGUCUUUCCUAUAAUAGAUGCCUUGGACCUUUGUAAUAUGAUAUAAAAUUGAAGUGUCUCUACUAACUUGUCGUGUAACAUUGGCAAUUUUGAAACUGCUUUAGGCAACUACUUAAUUUCCAUAGAAAGUUACCAGUGUGAUAGAGAUAGCAAUACUCCUAUGACGUCAGAUUGAAGUCACUUACAUAAGAGAGACAGAGACGGGGAUAUAAUAAAGAGAUUACUGAGUUCACCUAGUUUGAAUAACAUUUCCAUUUUGAUACUUUUAAGGAUUAGUUUAUCAGUAUAAAAGGCAGUCUGUGUGAUUGUAAUAAGGCAUCUAUUACAGUCGUCCUAAGGCCCUCUAUCGGCCGAAGCUAAGCUCAUAUUAUAAGCAAUGUUUACAGAGGAAUGUUUUUAAUUAUGUUAUCUAUUUUAGUGCCAUAAGUCUGCGAUCGAUGUGCGGCGCGUCCGUCACUAGAUCAGAGCUUAUCUUACUCGAAUUAAGUCACAUUUUCGUGUAGCAUGUAAUAAAUUUGUGUUUCUUUUGAAUUAAAAAAUAAAAAGGUAGAUCCAAAAACCAACGCACAUUACUUUACGCAUGAGUGGAUCCUUGGAUCAUGGGGUUCCAUGCAAUUUUAUAUUCUUUACGGAGAUAGGUUGUCUGCACCUACUUCCCCUCCCCCCCUAACCCCCCAAAGCCUUAACAGCUGGAUCCGCUCCUGACCUUACGGCCGAUAUCUUAAAAACCAAAUACAUGAUAUCAUCCCCUCACACCAAAAUGUUUUGCCAGAUUAUUCAGAUUUUCCGAUAGAUGGCGCUGAAUAAAAACCUAUCGUUUUGAGACAAUUUGGUAAUCGCUGGUAGAUUCCAAAAACGUUCAAAUGAAAGGAUGGCAUAGAUCGUGCCUUCAUCCCUUUUUUUACUACUUACGUGAAUUUAUAAUCCUGAGUCUAAAUGAGUCUUAUGACCCGUGGUAGAUAAUUGGUUUGAAUGCGCGCCACAAAAGUCCCGCGGAUUUCAAUGGAACUAAAUGUCAUAACAAUUCUAUGCAAACACUGAAACAACAGAGCCGCAGCCGCGGGAUUCAUGGCGCGGGGGCAAGCUAAGAACUAAGAAAAGGCCAAAGCAACUAGUUUUAAAAACGAUAUUGCUAUUUGGCAGCUGUUUGCAUUGCGCACUUACUUUUAUAUGCGCAAACGUCCCGCGUGAACCUAGCUCAACCACUGAUGGGGAGCGGAGAAUUGUCGUUCUAUACGUAGUAUUAUUCCUUAUUCUAUGCCAAAGGUUAUCGUACCAGGCUUCUCUCUCUUGGCUCGAUUGUCUUGUUUACGAAGUAUAUAAUGUCUUUGCAUUACCUUCUUUUCCCAAUCCACCAUAUUUGAAUUUCUGUAAAAUAGUGUUGCUAUAGUUAAAAUAUAAGUGGCGGACGGCCGCUCUGGUCACCCUGUCUCGUGAACAUUUUGUACAUUGGUUUCGGUAUAGGUAAUAAUUGAUACAUGUAUAAUUAUAACGCAAUGUAUUAAUAAAGGUCUUAUUUUUUA